AUGACCAGAAUUAAACGAGGAUAUAUAGCUCGGAAACGUAGGACAAAAAUUCGUUUAUUUACAUCAAGCUUUCGGGGGGCUCAUUCAAGACUUACUCGAACUAUUACUCAACAGAAAAUCAAAGCGUUGGUUUCGGCUAAUAGGGAUAGAGAUAGGAAAAAAAGAGGGUUUCGCGGUUUGUGGAUCCAUCGAAUAAAUGCAAUAAUUGGUAAGAAUAAAAAAAAACAAUACAAUAGGUAUAGUAAUUUAUUGUAUAAUAUGUACAAGGGGCAAUUGCUUCUUAAUCGUAAAACAGUAGCACAAAUGGGUAUCUUAAAGGGGAAUUGCCUUUUUAUGAUUGCCAACGAAAUCAUAACAUAA